AUGUCCAAUUUAAUAGAAUAUAUUAACCUUGAUUUAGUAUUGCUAUUAAUUUUAAAUUAGAGAGCAUCUGUCCUUAUACCCUUAGGCAAAAAAUAUUUGAGAACAAGUUUUUAGGAAAAGAAGCAUGAUGCUUAUUUUUUGAAUAUAUGAUGUACCUGAAUAAGAAGAAAUAGCUUUAAAAUCAACAGAAUCUUAAAACUUAAGAAUUUAUUUAACUUCGCUACUCUAAGGAAAUGUAUCUAUAAAAAGCAAUUUUUUAGGAAAAAUCUUAAAGGAUGUGGGAGUUAGAAGAAUGUUAAAAGUCUUUCUCAAUCAUUAAUUCUCUGGAAUAUUAAAGUAUAAAUGGAAGGGGCUAUUAUUUAUAGAAAUAUAAAUAUACCAUAACUACAAAUAUAAAAAUAAAAUACAUUUUGGAAAAGGAAUUUUACUUGUUGAUAAGGAUAAUAAAUAGAUAAUCAGAAAAUAAUAAUAAUGGAACUUUUGUGGAUAAAAUAAUUAAAAGGAAAUCAUUCAAGAAUACAUAAAAAUCCUAUUUGUUUAAGGUAACUUAAUAAAAAAUAUUUGAAUAUAAAAGGGAGAUAACAUAGAGUUUCGAUAAUAUUUUUAAAUAGUAUCCAAUCUUAUAUGGAUAUAAAAAGGAAGACAUUUAAUAAUAAAAUAAUGAAUAUUAUAUUGAUUGGAAUUAAGAAAAAUUGCAAGAUCUUCUGAUAAUAGAUGAAUUUGUAAUAUCAAAAGAUUGGUUAAAUGAUUACUUUAUGCCUCAAAAUUAUUUAAAACUAUUUCAUAUUUUUAAUUCGGUCAAACAUAAACUUUUUAUUGAUAGUAGAGUAGGAGAAUUUUCGGAGUUGAUUUUAUUUUAGAUAAAAACUAAGAGCUUUGGAUCAUUGAAUGCUAGAGAAGCCUUAACUUUUUAGUUGCGACAGAAGAAAGCGAAGAAAAAUUUAAUUAGUUAAUUCUUGAUAUGA